GUACUGCAGUAACCUAAGAUUUUUACUAACCUCAUGUACGAUAUAAUGUUGAUUAAUUAUUUGUAGUCGACGACGAAGAGUUCUGUCAGGAAUAGGAAUACUUAAAUCUUUAAGGUAUUGUUUGUAUGGACCUCGACGCGACAUUUCUUUUCACAAAUAUUAUAGCAAUUGUGAAAAAUCCAAACUUUGCUAACCUAGGAGACACAAGUUAGACACCAAGAUUAAACAAAUAAAUCAGUUAAGUUGUCGCCAACCGCAUAAUAAUUAUAAUAGGCUUCUCACGUAAGCUUUGGAGUGCGCUGGGUGACGUUAAUUAUUAUAGUAUAUAUAGGUGCAGAAACGGAAAGAUAGUCACGGUAUCCACGCACUCGACAUUCCGAUCCCAUUGUUUUAUACCUAACCAAGUUAUCUUGCUUUAUUGCAUUUGGUUCUGUUUCGUCGCUCUUACCUCUUUACCUGUACACAUCUAAUAUACCAUUAAAAUUUGAAGAGUGAAGUGUGAUCAUGUCGAACAGUAAAUGCACUGUGGACAGUAAAUUAUCGGAUGAUAAGUGCCUCGUCGUGGAGUUUAUCAAUGAGAGACAGAAACCUGUUCAAGUGGGUUUUCAAGCCUGGUUAAAGGAAGAAGAUAAAUCAGACUUACAUCACCUUCUAAAUUCUGAAGUGAUCAUUCGAUGGCCCAUAAAAGAAGACAUCAAAUGUGCCCGAAUGAUGGAAAAAAUUCUAAAGAAGAAAGAUAUCAUUUGGGAAGAUCUAAUUGUAAGGGUGAGAUCUGUGGGAACAUUUACUGAUAUGUGUCAACACGUCAAAAAUAUUGAAUUCUUCGGUGUGCCUAAUCCUUCUCGAGAGGAAAGACGAACGCUUUGCAAGAGAUCAUUAAGCUCUGAUGAAGAGAAUGUGUCUGAACUGAAUUCAUCAGCAGAGAAAGACAAUAUCAAAUCUGCAAAAAUUGAUAAAUCAUCAAAAAAACAAAAGAAGAUUAAAACAUCAACUGAAGCAAAGCAUCAAAAAAGUAAUUAUUUGCUUCAAUCGCAAAUUGAAAAUUUGUCAACAGAUUUUAUAAAAAAAACUUCUCGGAUUGAUUUAAUAAAUGAUAGUGAGGAGGAAGAGGAUGACGAAGACAAUCCUAAUAUAUUUAAGUGGAGUAAAGCCAAACUAGUGGACCUAAUUAACACUUUGAAACUAGAAAACAAAAAGCUAAGAGAAGAUAAUGCAAGAUUACGAACACUAAGAGCUAUUAAUGAAGAUCUAAAUAAAAUGACCGCAAUGUCAUCUACUUUACGUAAGGAUAUAGAUGGAGUUCACAGAGACAUAGACUCUCUGCUUAAUAAAGUUGGUCGAAGCAAUAAUAAAAACGAUAAUAGUGACAAGCAUAAUAAUGAUAAAUCAAGUCACUCUAAUCAAAAUUUUCAGGACAACAAUUUUAGGAACAAUACUAGCAGUACUUUGAAUACUAUUGAAAGAUAUAGUGAGAACCCAAAGCAGCAGGUAUUGCUAACAGUGCCAACCAUUUCUCACACAGAGCAGCAAUUAUUGCCAACCAUUGUUCACACAGAGCAGCAGCUACUGCCAUCCAAUGCUCAUACAGAGCAGCAGCUACUGCCAACCAUUGUUCACACAGAGCAGCAGCUACUACCAACCAACGCUCAUACAGAGCAGCAGCUACUGCCAACCAUUGUUCACAUAGAACAGCCAGUACAAUUUGAGAACGAAUCUUCUGUUAAGGAAAAUGUCACAGAUUUUGCGGGAAGAAAAGUAAAAACUGAGAAAUUAAGAAGACUCAGCCGCAGCAAGCUGUCCCUAUUUACAACUUCUGUCAUGGACCUUGUCUUUACCGAUGAAGAAAUGGCCACUUCCAGUAUGACUGGAAUAAUAAACUAUGCGCCUAGCACAUGCGAGGUUUGUUUGCGUCGUUAUUGGUUGCGGGCAGCCAGACUCAUGGCGUCGAAGUAUGAGGACGAAUUUUUGCGGACUCUGGCAAGGGCGAGAACGCCUCCGGGGAGCCCGCGGGAGAGCUCGCAGCCAAGGGUGGACGCGCGCGAGGAUGCACCGCGGAGCUCGCAGACACCAGCGAGCCCGCGUGAGGAGGCGCCGCGGAGCCCGCAGACACCAGCGAGCCCGCGGGAGGAAGCGCCGCUGCGCGUCCUCGAUGUAACCACUGAUACGAGGAUGGUCGCCUUUUACAACUAG